AUGGCUCUCCGUCUCCGUCGUUCCUCGACCGCAAUCGUCUUCUUCCAACCCCACUUGAGCUCCCUCGCCGUCCUCUUGUGUUCCAACGCCAACUUCCUCUCCUUCUCGGCCCGUUUUCCCUCCGGUCCAUCUCCCCAACCCAACAAACCCACCACGGUCGGACUCGCGAGGCCAAAUUUGCGCGCCAACCGUGAUCGAGUCCAUCGUGCCGGAUCCGAUCUCCUCAAUGCUUGCAGUUGCUCGAUCUCUUGUGCCGACAACACCUUCUUACUUGCGUUCGGGUCUUGGGCACUCGCUUGA